GUGCGUGUGCAAGCGUGAAAAAAACAGCCGGCAGCGGCGACAACAGCAGCGGCAGAAAAGAAACAGUUUUCGCAAUAAAAAUAAACGCGAGGCCCUAGCUGAAAAUCGUGCCCAGCAUUUUGGCUCCGAGUUCGGUUAACGUUCUGUCAUCACACACAAUGUUUUGACCAAUUCAGCUAAUUAACGUCGAAAGUGUUCAGGCGUUUUAUCAAAAAACCCCCCGCCUCCGCCGCUCUCCUUUUGGAACCGUCGCGUGUUUUUCCGUUUAGAUUAAAAUACUUGAAACCCGCGAUUUCGACUCGUAGCCCCAAAAAAACUGAAUCAAAAAUGGAGAAGCUAAUCAGGCGACUAAUGGACCACCAAUAUCUGACGCGGGCCCAAAUCAAUGGGUUCGACAACUACAAGUACAGCGCCAUCGACACCUCCCCGCUGAGUCAGUAUGUGAUGCAUCCCUUUUGGGAUUGGCUAGUCAAGUUCUUCCCGCGCUGGUUUGCGCCCAACCUGAUGACCUUUCUGGGCUUCCUGUUCAGCGCCAUGAACCUGGUGCUACUCUCCUACUACGACUGGAACUUCGAGGCCAGUUCCGGGGAGGAGGGCACCACGCCCAUUCCCUCGUGGGUCUGGCUCGCCACCGGAAUCAACAUCUUUGUGGCCUACACGCUGGACGGGAUUGAUGGCAAGCAGGCGCGUCGCAUCGGUUUGUCCGGUCCGCUGGGCGAGCUCUUCGAUCACGGACUGGACUCCUACACCGCCAUGCUGAUCCCGACGUGCCUGUACAGCAUUUUCGGACGCAGCCGGGUCUAUUCGGUGCGACCGAUGAGAAUGUACUAUGUCUGCCUGACGGUCUACUUCAACUUCUUCGUUUCGCACUGGGAGAAGUACAACACGGGCAUCCUAUAUCUUCCCUGGGGCUACGACGUCAGCAUGUGGGGCAGCACGGCCAUGUAUCUCGUUACCUGGUGGAUGGGCUUCGAGCGCUGGAAGUUCGAGUUGCCGCUGGGAUCCUACGGAACCCUGCCUUUGGGCAAUGUCAUGGAGGCGGUGCUGCAUGUCAGUGCCAUGGCGAAUCUUCCACUAGUCAUUAUUAAUGUGUAUAACUCCUAUGCGCAUCGGACUGGACGCCUUCUGUCCUUCUGGGAGGCCAUUAGGCCCAUGUGGCCCUUCCUCACCUACUUUGUCAUCCUGCUGGCCUGGCCGUACCUCUCGCCGAACGACAUCAUGGAAAAGGAUCCACGCGCCAUUUUCAUGCUCAGCGGCACCAUCUUUUCCAACGUCAGCUGUCGAUUGAUUGUCUCCCAAAUGUCCGUGACGAGAUGCGAGGCGUGGCACUGGCAGACGCCCAUGUUCGUGCUAUCCUUCCUGGUCAGCUUGUGGCUGCCUCUGCUGGAGCGUCCUCUGCUGUACAUGCUCCUGAUUGUAACGACCUUGAGUCACUGGCAAUACGGAGCUAGUGUGGUGAACCAGAUGUGCGAGCACUUCAACCGGAUCUGCUUUACUGUCCACAAGCGAGUGCCGGAGGAGAAAAAGAAGGUUCUGCUGGCAGAGCAAAUCAGCCAGCCAGAUCAGUCAAAUCAAGAGGAGCCGUCGAAGAAAAAGGAUUAGGGCUUUGGAUUGCGCGAUUUUGAUUUUCAUUUUGAGCUGCGAGUUAUUUUGCAAGUUUUUUUGUACAUCAUGGAGGCUGUUUAGUUAAACAAUUCUUGUGAGAUUAUGUAUAAUUUGUCUUAGUUAGAAUAUACUUAAAAAUUGACUUUAUCCUAGUGCUACAAUAAUAAUUGGAGCUUGUUUCGGCAUAUUCCCAAUGACUAUUUACGUAAUGCUCUCUUCCAAUGAUAAUUUUUAAACUCUACGGUUUAAUCGCAACUUGACCUUAUCUGUAUUGAAUUCAAACCUUAUUGACCCAAAGUAGAUCAAUUAUAUGAACAAUUAAGCAUGACAAGUGAUCUGAACUGCAGCUAAGAUAUCAAAUAAGUAUUAGCAAAUAGGUUAUAAUAUCGGCCAGACAAGUUCCAGUCCAUAAACUCAAUUAUGCAAGAACAGAGCAGCUUACUACUUAUUCUAGCCUUUAGCUUUCCAAUUUUAUUGCAAUGGUUAUCCUUAAGCCAAAACUACCGCUCGCUUCCGCUGACCUUAAAAAUAGCAUUGUUUUAUAUUCGUCUAGACAUAAUCGAAUAGUUUCCAUGCGCUAUGCCUAAUUUAUUUCCAUUGUAUUACUUUUAAAUGCUCCACAAUUGCAAAUACACACACUACAUCAACGUUUCUAACUAAAAUAACCGCAAAGACCUCUAAUUAUUUAAACACAUAAACAUAUUCAUUAUUUUUAAAGCAAAUCCCAAUGUCAUUCAACUGUAAUGUGACGUCGUCCAUAGCGCCAUUGCACGCUUUAUUGUAUGAAAUCUAUUCAUGUACCCCCCAAAAACCGGGCUCCCUCGAACCGCACGUUGUGUAAAAGACCAAACAGUAUACAAAUAAAACAAAAUAUUUUGAAAUGCUCACACCGAG